CGGCUACGCUGACCUUCUUUGGGUUCUUUCCCCCGAAUGGUCUUUUCUUUCUACCCCUCUUUCUGCAAAACCCUAAUUCCUUCCUUUCCGAAAACCCUUGUUUCUUCGGAUCUCGAUCUCUCUCCUGCUUCUAUACUCCUCUGGAUUUUAUUAUAUCGUUUAAUCGGUAGUUUUUAAUUUAGAUUUAUCGAAAAUGUCCAGUGCGUUGGACAUGUCUCUCGACGAUCUGAUCAAGAACAACAAGAAAUCAGGAGGGGGAAAUUCCAGAGGCAGAGGUAGAGGAUCAGGUCCUGGGCCUGCUCGGCGAUUUCCCAAUCGCGGCGCGAAUCGAACGACGCCUUAUUCGAUGGGAAAGCCGGCUCAAGCGCCCGAUUCAUCAUGGCAGCACGAUAUGUUCACUGACCAGAUGGCAGCGUACCCGGCACAGGCAGGUCGAGCUUCCGCAAUAGAGACCGGGACCAAGCUCUAUAUUUCUAACCUGGACUAUGGCGUCUCGAACGAGGAUAUCAAAGAACUGUUUUCAGAGGUUGGUGACCUGAAACGGUAUUCAGUCCAUUAUGACAGGAGCGGGAGAUCAAAGGGAACGGCUGAAGUUGUCUUCUCACGGCGGGCGGAUGCUUUAGCUGCUGUGAAGAGAUACAAUAAUGUUCAGCUUGAUGGCAAGCCAAUGAAGAUAGAGAUUGUGGGAACAAAUGUUGUCACUCCUGGUGCUGGCCCUGCAGUUCCCAAUGGUGCAUUUGGGAAUCCUAAUAUUGUCCCAAGGAGUGGGCAAGGAAGGGGUGGUGCGAUCGGACGGCUGCGCGGUGGCGGUAGUGGUGGUGGUGGUGGUGGUGGUGGUGGAGGUGGAGGUGGAGGUGGCCGUGGAUUUGGGAGGGGCCGUGGACGGGGAAGAGGUCGUGAACCGGUAUCUGCAGAUGAUCUUGAUGCCGAUUUAGAGAAGUAUCACUCUGAAUCAAUGCAGAUAAACUGAGAUCCUCCAUGCAUUUAGUUCAUAGGUCUUCUGCUAUGGAAUUCUCAUGGUGGAUGAUUAUGCAUUAUCCCAAGUAUUUUGUGUAUUUUAUGGAAUAUGCUACUAUUCUGAGGAGUGAAAAAUACAGAAGGAACUAAGUCACUAACUGUUAAAAAGUGUGGUUUAUGGAGCUUGGGCUUUUAUCUUUUGUUGCCCGUUUGAUUGA